CAAGUGACCAUGGUACAAUCAAAGAAGUUCAGAGGUGUCAGACAACGCCAGUGGGGUUCCUGGGUAUCAGAGAUCCGCCAUCCCUUAUUGAAGAGGAGGAUAUGGCUGGGGACGUUUGAGACGGCAGAAGCAGCCGCGAGGGCAUACGACCAAGCAGCGAUACUGAUGAACGGACAGAGCGCAAAGACAAACUUUCCGGUGACGGUCAACCAGGAAAAGGAGUCAGAGACGAGCGAGGACAGCCCAGUGUCUCAGACGGCCAUGUCGGACAUUCUAAGCGCAAAGAUCAAGAAAUGCUGCAAAGACCCGUCGCCUUCCCUCACUUGUCUAAGGCUCGACACCGAUAAUUCCCACAUCGGUGUUUGGCAAAAGCGUGCAGGUACGAGGUCGCCCUCCAACUGGGUUAUGAGGGUGCAGCUAGACAAGGCCAAGAAAAUGGAAGGCACAGAGGACGGGCCGUCGUCUUCGUCAUCGCAGUUGGAGGUAGGAGGGGAGGCGGAUGAAGAGAACAGAGUUGCAAUGCAGAUGAUUGAAGAGCUGCUCAACUGGAACUGCCCACCGCUUUCCCCUACCAAGGAGUUGAGCGGCAUGGAUAGCUGA